CGCCUCCCCCAUCCCAUGAGCCCUUGCGAGCCCUUAUUUAAGCCCCUCGCCGCCACUCGUUCGUCCUCUUCUGUCGCCGGCGGACGCCAUGGCCCAGCAAGGUGCGGGGCGCCCGGAUGUUCGCGGGCCUCGGGUGUCGUGGGCCCCCGAGGCGGGAUGGAGGCGCCCGGCGUCCACCUCUGGGUUCUCCAGGGACAGGACCCGAAAGUGCCACAGAUCUCCCAGAGCGUGCUACCUUCACCUUUCUCCUUACUAAGGGAAUGCUGACUAUGUCCGCCUCGGGAUGAGAGCACCAUGGCUCGACUGUGACUCCCUUCCCUUAACUGGCAGCUUUUAAGAAAAGAUGCUUUGAGCUGCCUAAAGGUGAUUUCCUGGUGCAUGGUGUGAGGCCACUUGGUCCAAUUUUCAGGUUCUGGCCACUUGACAUGGAGCAGAACACCACAAUACAGCGUCCUCAUCCUUGGCAGCAGGUGACUGGCUCUGAUGCAGGCAGUGGGCAGGAAACUUCGGCAGGAACUGCUAUGAGAAGAUGAUUGUGGGAACACUGCAGACAAAUGGCAUUCACUCUUUCUGGAACCCCCCCUUCACAAUUACAUUGUUUGCAAAUAAACUUUUGAUUUCUCUUUGACUUUGUUCCAUCAAUUUUGUGUGGUGACCUGGGGUGGGACAGGUGGUUGUUUUUGAGGGGCCUUGCACCAUAUAUUCUGGCUCAGUCCCAUUCUAUAAAUAGCCCUGGGAGCACCAUGCCUCCGAAGUAUCCCUCCCCAGAGCUGCAGGCCAAGCUAGUGCUCCUUACGCUGGAGCUGGCUGGGCCGGGGCCAGGGGAGGAGUUGGGGGCGUGGUGAUUGGGGGGCCACUAAGGCCUUGUGGAAGGACGGUUGGCGGGACACUGGCUGCCUGAGCUUUGGAGAUUGAGGCGCCUCCUCCCCCUGCUGGCCCCAACAUUCCACUAGUAAUGGUCUCGCUGCCUUCUCCUCUCAUGACCCCAAAGCCUGGGCUCCCUUAAACAGCCUGUGUGCUUGCCAUGGCCAGGGACUGCCUGUGGCUGCUGCUUCUGGUGCUGCUGCCCCCUGGGAGCCAAGAGAUACCACCAUGUGGGGAGCCCGGCAGCCCCUUUCUGCCUCCGGAGGAGGGGACGACACAGCCCCCCCUGCCCAAGGUCAGUGCCUGCAUGGUGCGCUGUGCUACGCAGGUCCUGCCCAGUUUGGGAGCUGGAGUGGUCUCGGUCCUCUUUAACGAGGCUAGGGCAGAGGAAGAGCAGAAAUACUGUUGGCUGCAGAGACGGCGAGACUGCCGCACCAGGGAGCGUCUCACCAGGGUCUAUGUGCUCCUGGACCUGAAGGAGCCCUUGGCUACUCCCUAUGAGCUCCUGCCCGCCACGCCGGUCCCGUCCCUACCAACCAGACGCCUGCGGCCCCGAAAGAACGAGGGGACCCUACUCAAUCUGGCAGGCUGUGGGCUCCUCUAUGAUGUCACCAGGCCCUUCCGGAGUGCCAGGAGAGAGGCCCAGUCCAAGGAAGCCGAGUUCUGUGUGAAAGCCAUAUGCCCUGCCAGCCAGCCUUCCUGCCAGCCCCUGGAGGGGGCCCUGAACUGCCCGCCCUUCCUAGCCACGCUCUGGGGCAGCCGUCCUGCCUCUAGGGAUUCCUUCUCCAUGCAGCCCAACCCACUGCUCCCAGGACAGGACUGAUUGGGCCAUUGGUCAUGGACUCUGGUUCAGAGACUCCGGGCUGGCAGAAUUGGGCUGAAGCUCCGCCUCUGGGUCUGGGGGCUAGUGACUGACCUCAA